AUGAGAAGGUCCUGCACUACCACCUCCUACAACACCCUGAUGAGAAGGUCCUGUCCUACCGCCUCCUACAACACCCUGAUGAGAAGGUCCUACCACCUCCUACAACACCCUGAUGAGAAGGUCCUGCAUUACCACCUCCUACAACACCCAAAUGAGAAGGUCCUGUCCUACCGCCUCCUACAACACCCUGGUGAGAAGGUCCUGUCCUACCACCUCCUACAAAACCCUGAUGAGAAGGUCCUGCAUUACCACCUCCUACAACAUCCUGAUGAGAAGGUCCUGCAUUACCACCUCCUACAACACCCAAAUGAGAAGGUCCUGUCCUACCGCCUCCUACAACACCCUGGUGAGAAGGUCCUGUCCUACCACCUCCUACAAAACCCUGAUGAGAAGGUCCUGCAUUACCACCUCCUACAACAUCCUGAUGAGAAGGUCCUGCAUUACCACCUCCUACAACACUCUGAUGAGAAGGUCCUGUCCUACAACCUCCUACAACACCGGAUGAGAAGGUCCUGUUCUAGCACCUCCUACAACACCUUUAUGAGAAGAUCCUACCACCUCCUACAACACCCUGAUGAGAAGGUCCUGUCCUACCACCUCCUACAACACCCUGAUGAGAAGGUCCUGCACUACCACCCCCUACAACACCCUGAUGAGAAGGUCCUGCACUACCACCUCCUACAACACCCUGAUGAGAAGGUCCUGCACUACCCACCUCCUACAACACCCUGA